UGCGCUGCUACCUCGACCUACGCGGGCCGCCGCCGCUGCCGGCGUGCUCAUUUCCGAUCGAGCGAUCGCACUGCUCAGACGCUACUUUCACGAUUAUCUCUUUACGUACACACACACGCAAACGCACAGAUCGCAUCGCAGCACCGUUUUCGAAACCUUACCGAAAAAACAUAUAAGCGGAGAACAACAGGAAUCGUUUGGAAAUUCGAAAAUUGCCGCGUUGACAUCGAUAGUCCGUGUAGAAGCACGAUCGUAAAGGGGGAAAAACCGGUGAAUGCGGUUUUUUCAGUGGACAACUCACGUCAAGCAGUCAGUCAAAGAGAGGUAGAGAGAAACUCAGCUCUGGUGUGAUUUAUAAAUAGUCGAAGCAGAACGACAGCCACGGCUAAAAACGCAUCAUCAUCGGGAGGCGCAACAGCAGCAGCAGCACCUACGAAAACGGAGCGUCGAGGCGUAGCGAGAACCAGCGGCAGCAGCGACGACGCGACUACCCGACCCAGGGGCGGCAAAUUUGAAAUAUCCUUGAUUGAGAGCCGGUGACCACACGUGACCAGAAACGCCUGACAAGCAUAAAAGUUCAACUCGUUUGUUUACCAAGAGGGAAAGGAGAGAUCAGAUACGACUAGCGAGAUGGCGUUCAUGAUGCCUGUGGUCAAAAACGAGUGGGACAUCUACAAGACCAACCGUAGCAGACGCUCGUCCGAGUGCUCGAAUCCUCAGGCCUGUCGCAGUAGAAAGAAAAAUGUGAUUUUGACUGCGACUGACUAUGUCCUUUUAAAACGUCUCGGAAUGCUCGAAAUCGGAGGGCCCCUCCUUGUCGACCUCCCCGGGCUCGGACUUUCUCACGUCGCCGGCCCACCGGUCGGUGCCCCUCAGCACGCGUCAUUUCUCGCGCACCUCCUCCCGCGCCUCCCAGAGCUCCCUCCAGUCUCCCAGCAAAAGUACCGGCUCCUCGCCGCCGAAAACCGGCAGCUCAAAUUCCCUCAACAAGUUCCACAACCGGCUCGUGGACAAGCUCAAGCGCUCGCUCAAGAAGGCCGACGACAGCGGCGACGACCAGCGCAACCUCUCGUGAAACAAUCAGGGGGUUUUGGGCCGGCCUCCUCCGUUCGGCUCGAAACCGAUCGACAUAAGACGCACCUCGGCGCCCCAGACGACCUGCAAUCUAAGCGCCUCGUCGUCAGCAGGCUGCAACAACAACAGCGCCGAUGACGCGGCCCGGUCCUGUCCGGAGCGACCCCAGCCUCCGGGCGCGAGCUGCACCGAUCGCCACGAGGCCAACUCUUGGUAGCCGCGCUGCUGCUGCCGCCGCCGCUCACGUAGCCGGUCCUGCUGCUAUCUUUGAGGCGCGACGAUGAUGAUGCGUGACCGCGCAUCGCGUUCUCGUUAUACCCGAGAGAGUAGAGAUACUCCGGUGCUUUUCGGAGAGAACCGGAAAAGUGCGCCGCGAGUGCUUUCGAGAUCCACCGGCUCUCGAGCGCAAGGCAAGAGAAAGAGAGAAAGAGAGAGAGAGCGAGAGAGAGAGAGAGAGAGAGAGAGAGGAUUCACGACAAAGGUAAAUGAUGCUUCCUUCACAUUCUCUGGAUUCUACUACUACUACUACUACCACUACUACUACGACGACGAAGACGACCAUGAUGAUGAUGAUGAUGAGAUGAUGAUGACGAUGGUGGUUGGGAGAUGAGAAAGUUGAAAAACACACGGGGCCCCGAAACUCCACUCGCGCGACUCUCGUAUAUUAUAUUAUGCACCAUAUGUCCAAAUAUCAGAAUCGGACUCGCCGCGCGCUCGAGACACACGGUUUCGUCUGUUCUUCAUCCAACUUCUCGCGUGCGGAGUCUGCCUCUGCCCCAAAACCAAACGAACGAAUCGAAGCAGCUCAGCCACCUCCACCUCUGCACUGAAGAGACUCUUCACGUACAUAUACGCUCGACCCGAGUUCCUCUCGCGAAGCCUCUGAUGUUUCCCUUGGAACUUUGAGAAUCACCCGCACGGAGCGACCGGAAUAAGUCUCAUCUCGAUCGUUCUCCUAUAUUACACACCGAAUAUACACACUCACGGCUUCGACAGGCCGUUUCCUCGAUAUUUCAUCUUCGGAUGCGAUCCUCUUCGCAGACACACACCCACACGUACACCUUCACACACACACACACACAUGCGAUGCAGGCCCGGAUGAAUUGUACGCAAGCCGAGUACUCGUACGGGCGGUUCACUCACGUUCACUCGUACCUUCUGUAUAGGAGUAUAGUUCUGUAUAGUCGAUAUGCGCAUAUAGGCGAGGAGCCUCUCGAAAAGCUGCUGUGUACAAGUAUGAUAGCGUUUAGCGAUGUUGUACCGUAUAAUGUAAUAUCUGUGCGAAGGCGUUUAACGAUCGUACUUAACUGUGUGAACCGAGCCCGAUAAGUUAUAGUUAUAGUCUAACCAUUAGAGUAACAGCAGACGAGUGAACCGCUUCUGACGAAUGCUCGGUUUCCGCAGCCAGAAGGAUAAGAAGAAGAGAGAAAAGAGAUCGAUGAGGCGAGAGAAAAAAAACAGCAGCAGUUCCGCCGGACUGUCUCGAAUCCCGGCAAUGUCGCUGGCGAGUCACAUACACCUCGGCGUCUUAGAACAAAUACAUUAGAGAAUAUGUAUAGGAGGAGACUUCGCCGGCGUUCGAGGCAGUCGCGUCAAAGAUAUAGUCGAGUCGCUAGUUGUAGGGAAAAUCGAUUCCUCGCAGUCUAACACACAUACGGAUGAUGUCGCUUGCCUAUUAUCUUUUCUGUUAUAAAUCAAAGCUUUUGUUCUCGAUUAUUCUCCUCUACUAUACUAUGAUAGCUCGUAAGAUCGCGCGAUCACAUCGGCGAUCAUAGACAUGCGACAGACGGAGAAUAAUAUACAGUAUAUACAUUAGGAUUAUGUGUUUCGAAGGAAUCUGAACUAUAUUUAGAAAAUAAUAACAAAUGAAAAAGAGACCGCGAUCUUAGCUCUUCAACGAAAGCCUAUUCAACUCUCGUCUAUACGAUAUGGAUAUAGGUACAUAGAGACUUACUCAACGGUCAGACACACGCCAAAGCGUUAUUGCGAGCUUUCUCGUACUUAGGAAGCGCGUAACGUAUGCGUCAUGCCCUCGCACGCGGAGGGAAGCCCAUCGCGAGCGCCAGAACAUAUUUCGCCAGAUAAUUUACCUCGAAUUCGAGUAACGAGAGAGAAUCUGUCCGCACACCGUAAUAGCGAUCAAUUUGUGCCGGUUGCGCAACUAUCUCUCCCGAUGUAAUAAAAACACGCGGGAGCUUAUUAUUCAGGCUCGUUGAGAGCGCGCAGCGUAAUGUCCCGCGGGUUUUCGCUGCAGCGCAUGCGACGGCCACGUGGAAAAUGCGUGAUCGGCCCAAAGAGAGAGAGAAAGACGGGAUGAUUUUGGCACGCGACUUCUUCCCUCCGCUUGCGUUGCGCUUUUAAAAUCGCGCGUCAUCUAUAUUCAGCAAGAACAGGACAGAUGCCUGGUCGAUGCACCGCUUGUUUUGACGAUCUUCGAAUCUUGCGACGAGUUGAUGAGCGAAGAUGUCGAAAACGAGCGGUGCAUCGACUCGGAAAACAUUCGCGUGCGUAUACAUCAGGCGCGUCGUAUACGACUUUUUUUUCAUUUCGUCACCUUUUGUUUCUCGAAUUCGUCCGUUAGUUCGAGGCCGUUUUCCGUUCGCCGCACCCGAGAUCGUCUGGCUCGCGAGCGAAGAUCGGUAAUCUACGAACACUCUUCCCCCCCCUCGCCCCCCCCCCUCCGUAUACCCGACGCUGAAUCGUUUGCAUUAUUUCCGCUUUGACGUUCCGCUUUGACAAAAUUCAAGGUCAAUUUCUCACAAUGAUUACCAUUGCAAUGAUGCUUACUUUAUAUAACAUGUGAAAGAUACAAAAGCUCGAGGAGAAGCGAAAGCCGGUCUUUACCUAUUGAGUAGUAUGCCGCAAAUUCGUAUUUUUGCCUGCUUGCCUGUGCGCCAGUUUUUAACGCCUGAGUCGUUCGAUUCUUUUGCCAAGUUCGAGGCUGUCGCAUAUACCUAUAUAUACAUAUACCUAUAUACAUAUACCUAUAUACAUAUACCUAUAUUUAUAAUCGCCAAGAGCUCGAAUUGUUUCGUCGUUCAUUUUCAACGGCGCUGAAUUCGAGCUUUUGUUUGCACCUCGGCGAGCACAGGUCACCAUCAGCGACAGUCGAGAAUUCGGCAAACCAAACGAAAGGGCGUCAAGCGUUCGGCAAAUUCGCUCGGCAAACCUGGCGAGAUAACGAGCGUUUGCAGGCUUAUCAAUCAAUCGGCAACGAUCCGGCCUUAUCAUCUCCUUGGCGUGUAAAAUUAAUGGAAUUUUAUUUAAAAAAUCUGUCUUAAUUAAUCUCUCUAUAAAAUUGAUCGGCGAGCCAUUCGAUCCCGAUGCGUCCACUGCCAUGGCCUUUUUCUGGCAUGUCUUUUUCGGCAUUGUUGUGCGAGCACACGCGGCAAUAUUGGGGAAAAAGGCCGAAAAACGUCGGCAUCGGGCGUCGGGUUCGACGGCUCGCCUGGAAACAUUGUCUCAUAUUUUGUAACACAUUUAAUUAAAUUCUUAAAUUUCCAGCUCGCUCGUACGCAAUGCUCUCGUUGCGCAGCGACCUUGAACGUCAAAUCUAUUUUGUUUUUUUUUCCAGAGGAAUAUCGACGUGCGAAAAUAAUAAGCUUUCAUUCACCGCCUGCCGCUGGCAUCCCCUUUUCGGUAAAUCAAACAGGCACGAGUAACUGUCUAUAUAUUAUGCGAUAUAAAAACAAAACGCAAAACCAAGUAUAAUAAGCAAAACAAAAGAAAAAAAUAUCCUUGCGAACCUUGAAAGCAA